AUGAGUGUUUGGACUCUUCUUCUAGGUGGUGUGGCAGUCAUAUUUGCGUUUUUACUGCGAGGCCAUCCUACAACCCGGCAAACGUUGCCGUCGCUCAAGGAGAAUCCUCAUCCGAACUACAUGCCCGACUUUUAUCCGAAUGGCACCGAUCUGCAUUUACCCAUGGGCACAAUGCGUUACUGGAUGUUCGGCAAUCCCAAGGGACAAAGGGUGGUUUUAAUUCACGGCAUUUCCACGGGGUCGGCCGUGUACAGCAACUUGGCGCGUUUUAUGGCCAAUAGUGGAUAUCAUGUCCUGGUUUUUGAUCUGUGGGGUCGAGGCUUUUCUGAAGCUCCUGCAGGAUACUACGAUGAAGCCAUGUAUACAACCCAGGUCGCACUACUGCUCCAGAAAGUGGGCUGGCAAAAGACCACCGUUGUGGGACUCUCCUUAGGAGGUGGUAUUGCUACGUCAUUUUCUGCUUGCUAUCGAGAAAUGGUGGAAAACCUGGUUUUAAUCUGCCCGGCUGGUCUUUUAGACAAGAAAGAUUUGCCGAUAGCUGGAAAACUGGUGCAGCUGCCAUUGGUCGGAAAGAUCGUAUUGGAUCCGCUGGUUCGACCCGUCAUCAUCAAAGCAGUAGAACAAUUUUUCCACUCGGCACGGAAAACCCAGCUGGAUGAUCAACAACAAAAGAUUGCCGUGGCGGCAUUGCAUCAAUUCACGCACCAUCCCGGAUUUCUACGCGCUUUUUUAGGCACGGUAAUUGAUUUCCCGCUGCAUUCCUUGCAUGAACGUUAUCGCACUGUGGGCCACCAUCCAGAACUUCCAGUGCUUGUAUUAUGGGGCAAUCAAGACACUACGGUUCCUUUCAAGCUUCAUACUACACUCAAGGAUCUUGUGCCUCAAGCUGACAUUCGUGUUUAUGCAGGCGGAGCCCAUGAUAUAAUUUUGAGUCACGGCGAACAGAUCAACAAAGACAUUGUCCAAUUUUUAAAUCAACACCACGCCAAACGCCAAUAA